AUGGUUGAUGGCGCAAUGGCGCACACCACGCCGUCUCUGUCCGCCUUUCCAUUUCUCACGCCGGACGAGUUUGACUCUGCAUGUCGAGCUCUUGCCGAGCGAACCCGCAGCUGCACGGCCGCCCAAGUGGACGGAGGCUGGUCCUCGGUUCGACUGGUCACACAGAUUCCUGAUGCAGAUUUACAAGAAGUCUCGACCCACACCGAUACUUCUACAUCUACGCAGGCACAGGCAAAAGCAAAAGCAAUGGAAGAUGAAGAUGAAGAUCCGGUCUGCAGCCCGUCUCCUAAUAAUUUUCAAUCACAGGAAGCCCUUAUCCGCACCAAUCUCCAUCCCACUUUGCAGAUAGAUUAUGAUAUCGUGCUCUCCCCCACAUAUCAAGUCCCCGUCUUGUAUUUCGUGCUCCGGUGGCACAAUCACCAAGGCCCCGUGGGGCUGGACGCGGUCUAUCAAUAUGUAGUACCGGAGCAGUACAAGCAGCAAUUGCAGAAUGUCGGGGUGAUGGGAGGGAUCAGUUUCGGCUAUCAUCCAGAAUCUGGCGCUCCGGCCUUUUUUGUCCACCCGUGCAACACCGCGGAUGCCAUGGCGCAUGUUGCAGAUGGACAGAGCGUCACCACCGGAACAUAUCUCCUCAUCUGGCUCGGUCUCGUAGGUCAAUCGGUGAACCUGCACGUUCCCCGCGAGAUCGUCCUCUCCGAUGGGUCCAGCCCAUACUGA